CAGGUAUCAGUGCUUUAUCAAGUUUCGAAUACACCGGUUCCUCACAAUGUUCAGGUCCACGACCAUCAUUUUGUUCGCAAUUUUUGUGCUGGAUCUUAAAGGAUCCUUCACAGACGCCCAGGAGGGCAGGCGCUACGUGUGCUUAUUGUCAGAUGCGCCGAAUCAAUGCAGUGCAUACUGCCUUUCCGCUCUGCAACCUGUGAUCGAUCACCUCAGAAACGAGCAGCAGGAUUGGAGCACCUGCGAAGUGAAGGCAAACGAGACCCUGGCGAAACUGGAUCGCAUUGAGGGCCAGUUGACCACGACCCAAAUCCAGUUGGAAGGCCAGCAAACAUCCAUUCAGGCAAAUUUGACAAAGGCCAUCCCACAGGAUCUCGAGGGAAGGCUAGACAGGAUUGAGGGCAACCAGACAGCCGUUCAAAGCCAAUUGAAAGCGGCACAAAAGCAGACGGAAAGCCAGCUGACAGCCAUCCAGAAAACUCUGUCCGAAAUCGAGAGGAAACUGGUGCUGCAGAGAUACCAACAGAUAGGAUCGCGGUACUUCUACAUUGAGCAUAAUCUCAAUGUGAACUGGAGGACUGCCGAGCAGAUGUGUGUUGAGAUGGGUGGUCAUCUUGCCGCCUUCCAAAACGAUCUGGAGUACAAUGCUAUAGCUGCGCAAUUGAAGAAAGCCAACUACUGGACGGGCAUCAACGACCUGGCCAAACAGGGGGAAUUCAUAUCCUUGGCCUCCGGCAAGAGAGCCCCCUACUUGAGGUGGCGUAAGAACGAACCCAAGUAUAACAAUCCCACCCAGCACUGCGCCUAUAUCUACGGCCAUGAGAACAUAAUGAUAGUUUUCUCCUGCACCACCGAUGUUAUGCACUUCAUUUGCCAAGCAGACGAUACAGUUUAGCGAAGCAAAUAGAAAAAAUUGCAUUUUACUUUAAUUAUUAAUAUUGGCACAGGGAUGAUAUCACACCUGGGCACGACCAAUAAAGAUAAACAAAUGAG